GUCGAACUAUUUUAUAUCCCCGUGUCCUACCCUGUGACACUGCUUCUGCUUGUGUAGGACAGUUAUCGUCUUGGGCCUAUUCCUUCCAUUUCAUUGAUAUCAGCAAUGCCCUAGGUGAACUUUUCUGAGACACCUUCUCUUCGCCCAAUAACCCUCGCUCUCUGCGACUGCAAUGGACUUCCUCAAGAGAAUUGCUGAUGCCCAAGAGUCGCUGUCCGAAGAUGCGUUAUCACAUCUGAAAACCUACAAGUACUCCAGCGUCGACAAGUCCUUCAUAUCCAGAUAUAUACUGAAGCAUUACUGGAAUGCCUUCGUCGAACUCCUGCCGCUAUGGCUCGCGCCAAAUAUGGUCACGCUAAUCGGCUUUAUGUUCAUCAUUGGAAACUUAAUACUUCUGGAGAUAACUGUUCCGGAUCUUGUCGGGCCGGCUCCCUCAUGGGUAUAUUACAGUUUCGCGAUGGGGGUAUGGAUGUACUCAACGAUGGAUAACGUCGACGGGAAACAGGCGAGGAGAACGGGUACAUCUAGCGGACUGGGAGAAUUAUUUGACCACGGGAUUGACUCCUUAAACUGCACUUUAGCCAGUCUUCUACAAGUUGCGGCAAUGGGCCAGGGCUCGACAAAAAUCGGAGCCUUCACCACGCUGCUUCCCUGUCUCCCUAUGUUUUUCUCGACCUGGGAGACCUAUCACACCCACACUUUAUACCUUGGAUAUAUUAAUGGCCCAACUGAGGGAUUAAUUAUUGGAGUUUUAAUGAUGAUAGCGGCUGGUUAUUACGGACCUCAUAUUUACUCAGCGCGGGUGGCAGAUACUUUGGGUUACCCAAGCUUGUUCGGAAAUUGGACCUACCAGGAGCUCUUCGUAUUUGUUCUGGGCUUCUCGUUUUUGACCGCCCACUUUCCCGCAUGCGUUUACAAUGUGAUACGAGUCCGUAAACGCCACAAACUCCCUAUCCUACCCAUCUUCUUGGAAUGGAUACCUGCCAUCGUCGCAUCUGCAUCCGCCGUGUCCUGGCUGUAUUCGCCCUACUCGUCGCUUUUGAGUGACAACAGGCUCGUUCUUUUCGCAGUAACGAUGUGUUUUGUGAUCGGGCGCAUGACAACCAAAAUAAUUCUAGCUCAUUUGACCCGGCAGCCAUUUCCGUACUGGACAAUACUUAUAACUCCUCUUAUUGGCGGUACCAUACUGGGGAACCUCCCCAGAUUUGGAUUUCCUCAGAUCAGCCCGUGGCUAGAGCUGCUUUAUUUGCGGGCCUAUCUGGUGUUUGCCUUUGUCACAUACAUGCAUUGGGCCUACUUUGUCGUCAACCGAAUCACAACCUACUUGGGUAUACAUUGUUUGACGAUCAAACAGGACAAGACGAAGGCUAGGGAGCAAGCUUACCGCCAAUUCGGAGAAGGCAGGGUCGACGCGGUAAAUAUGAGGCCGGAUCCAUUUGCUGACUCCAGAGUCAAGGCCAAUUAGAGAGGAUGUUGGCCGCCACAGAGCACGCAAACAACCGGCCCACAUCCUGACUACUACAAUGUGUCAGGUCAAACCAAAUUCAACCGUGUCGAGUGUGAUCCAACACUGCCUGUCUCGACAAGGAUUCAAAGAAAAUCUGAAGAGAUAUGACUGAUGAGAUAUAGGCAAGAAUCACGCAGGUGCUCGACAUGCGCACAUUCUAAAAAAAUACCCCUAUCAAACCAAAAAGCCACCAUAACGCAUUCAUGACCUUUACAACCCUUUACAACUCUAUACAACUCGUACACCGAAUCAACUGGCGUUGAAAUAGAGAAACCGGACCUCGGUAAAUACAUAUAUAUAUAGUGAUUUCAGGCGUCACAAGCUGUGUAUAAAUUUUGUUCUUCGCAAUUGCAUUCUUGUCAAAGAUAGAUGGAUGUCUCUAGCUGUUAUGGUUUUAGAAAUAUUUAAUACCCUUUUGAUAUUUCCCAAUAACCAUUAGCUAGACCUGUAGUUAUUGCCCCGGAGAACGUUUUUGGAGUUUGAUUGUGCUCCAUUAUUCGAAGAUCUCAAGGGCCAAAUAACAUGCGUACCUCGGCCGGCUGAAAGGAGCCGCACCAGUGGCUCAUGUGGACUACAUGCUGGAUGCUGGGCAACAUUUCUACGUAAACAAACAUUCCAUUCUACACUUAAAUAUGUUGUCCCUGUAGAUUUGUGCAUCUGUUUACAUCUGUAUCUAGAUAAAAAGUCCCCUUAUGAAUAUCACUGCGGACUUAUCCGUGUUGACCUUGGAACCGUCCUUCACACAUGAUAGCAAAUAUACAAUCACUUCUCUCCCUAAUGCUGGCAAGGGCAAUAAAGCUGCUUGUUGAGCCAUUAGUGGGUCAAUACAUGAAAUUUAUCCAUCGUAUAUUGACUCCUCUCAUGCCCCAUACAGCUAUGUAGAAC